UUUUCUCAAUCCCCUCCAAACCCAAAUCCCCCUCUCUCUCUCUCUCUCAUUUUCAAGUCUUCUCUCUGUCUCUCAACCAACUCUUGAACCACACUGGUUAAUCAUAUACAAUAAGAUGGCAAAAGGAGGCAAACUAACCAAGCUCAAGUCAGUACUCAAAAAAUGGAACUCAUUCAGCAAGCAGCUCAGCAGCCGCUCCACCUACGGCAGCUCCGUCGUCGCCGCCGCCUCCUCCUCAACCCACUCUUCCUCCGACGAUGAGUACUCCUCCUCUUUCAACAACAACAACGACAAGAUCUCCAGAGACCUCCACCCCGUCUACGUCGGCAAGUCUCGCCGUCGCUACCUCGUCGGCUCCGACGUCGUUGACAACCCCGUCUUCCAGGAGCUCGUCGAGAGGUCCGGCGACAACGACGAUUCAUUCACCGUUGGCUGCGAGGUCGUCCUCUUCGAGCACCUGCUUUGGAUGCUCGAGAAUGCCGAUCCUCAGCCCGAGUCUCUCGACGACUUGGUCGACUACUACGCUUGUUGAUUAUUCGAUCAGAGGACAGUAACACUUUGAUUUUUAACAACUCCAUAACUCAAUAAAUAUUUGUGCGCAGACGUAUAAAUUUUUUCCCUCCAUAGAAUUCAAUUAUAGUAUCAAUAUAACUGGACACAAUCUUCUCACAUGGUCUCUCAAUACUCAUGUGAGAAGAGUGUCCGAUUCUAUAAUCGAAUUCUGUGCUUGUGAAAAAAAAUUGUAGCGUCUAUAUAUAUUUGGGUAUAUACAGUUGAAUGUAAAUUUUUUCUCAGACUAAUAAUGAAUGAUUAGAAGCGUAGAAAGAGAGAGAAAGUGAGUCCAAUUUGAUUUGAAAGGUGAGGAUUAACCCAAUUUACAUCGGCUGAUCUUCGAAGGAAGGGUCUGAUAGGGGAUUAUGAUCACUACUGUUAUUAUUGUUCGUGUUCAUUUUUUUACUGUAUUAAGAUUAAUGUUUAUUGUUCUCUCAUUGUUUACAAAUUUAAUCUUAGCAAUGUUGUGUCAA